AUGGACGAGCUUCCGGUGCUAAAUGGCUUGUGCAAAGACCUCUACGAAAGUGUCGAUCCACAAGUUCGCCAACGCGCCGAAAUGAACUUGGCAGAACUGUCCGAAUCAUCAGAAUGUCUGCAAAGAUGUAUGUUGUUAUUAGCUCGCGGUGAUUAUCCCUACGGACCAAUGGUAGCAAGCACAACAUUAAUGAAGAUCCUCGGCGCAAAAACAAGUGUCACCUCUUUUCAAAAAUUGGAACUCGCCAAAUUCCUACUAAAUAUGCUUGGCCAAGGCGCCCCCACAUUUCCAUCAUAUUUAGUCACCUCACUUUGCCAAUUAUUCGCCAGAUUAACCAAACAAGAAUGGACCUACACAGUUGUCCCAAAUAGUUCCGACUCGAAAAUCGAAUAUCCAUUCAGAGAACCUAUUGAUUCGCUAGUCAAGACGAUUUCAAUGAAAAAUAUCUCUGAAUCUCAACUCGCUGUGCAACUUUUAACAUUACUUGUUGCUGAUAUGAAUAAUGCAUCCGGUAUGGAAUCAGUGAAUCAACAUCGCAAGAAUCUCUCGCAGUUUCGCGAUGAUUUCUUAUACACUAUUUUCGUCACCUCUGUCGAAUUUCUAAUGGAACAUGCUGAAAGACAACUAGAUGAUCAAGAAUUGGGAAUGAUGCAUUCGAUGUUGAAUUUGUGUUUGCAGUGUUUGCUUUUUGAUUAUAUUGGAAGUUUGGCCGAUGAGACAAGCGAGGAUAAUUGUAAUGUUCAGAUUCCAACAGCUUGGAGAUCUAGUGAGUCGAUUUUCAUUGAAAAAUCUUGAAAAACCGAUUCAAUUCCAGGUUUCACUGAUGGCAAAAUCAUUCAAUUAAUGUUCAAAUUAUUGCAAAAACUUCCACAAGAAUCAAGUGAAAAGGUGAUUAGAUAAUUUUAUCGACUUACCCUAACUUAUUCGACUAUUUCCUAAAAUUAAAAUUGUUGAAAAUGAAUGAGAAACAAAAAUAAAUUGUAAAUUUAAUCAAAUUUUUGGCACGUGAAAAAUCCUAAUCAUUUCAAAUUUCAUUAAUUCCGAGAAAUGGGAGUCAAGUGAGUUCGAAACCUAAAAAUUACUUUAUAAAGAAGGUUCAGCCUUAAAACUAGCUGAAAACUUUAUGUAAACUGUAUACAAAUUUAUAAUAUUACCUUAAGGUCUUCCUAAAAUCCUAAAUAAAGUCCCUAAAAUUCAGGCACACUCCUAAACCCCACAUUUUUCCAGAUAAUGACAAUAAUCGCCCAAUUGGCCAGUAUUCGUCGAACACUCUUCAAUGGAACCGAAAGGCAAGCCUAUGUUCAAAAAUUGGUUGAAGGAGUUGUUAGUGUAAUUAUGAAUCCGGAUAAAUUAAGUGAUCAAGGAGCAUUUCACGAAUUCUGUCGAUUAAUAGCUCGACUCAAGACAAAUUAUCAAUUGUGUGAAUUGAUUGCUGUACCAUGUUAUAGUCAUAUGUUGAGAUUGUUGGCUGAAUUUACUGUGCAGAGCUUGAGGGUGAGAGUGGUUGGCGCAAAUAAUUUUAAUAAUAUGCUUUUCAGAUGAUGGAAUUCUCCGCCAAUAGCACUUAUUUUCUAAUGACAUUCUGGCAAAGAAUGGUAACAUCAGUUCCAUAUGUCCGUAAUAACGAUGAACAUCUCCUGAAUGUUUAUUGUCCCGAAAUCAUGACCGCAUUUGUUGAAAGUCGCCUCCAACACGUGGAAAGUGUUGUGAGAGAAGGCGCCGAAAAUCCAUUAGAUGAUCAAGGUUCAACACUUCAAAUCAUGGAACAUUUAGCAAUUAUAAGUCGAUGUGAAUAUGAGAAGACUUGUAAAUUAUUGACAAAUUAUUUCGAUCAAAACGCGAAUAUUUGGAUGAAUGGAAAUGAGGGAGAUGUGAAUAAAGUGAUUGCGGAAGGAAGAUUGGUUUGGUUGAUUACGUUGAUUGGUACGGCGGUUUUUGGAAAGACUACUUCGACGACAACUGAUGCACAUGAUAAAAUGGAUGGGGAAUUGAUAGCCAGGUGGGGAUUUUGGGGAGACAAUUUGGAAGUUUUUUAGUGGGAAAUGAGAUAUUUUCAAUGGAAACUUUCAGAUUUUGACCUGAAAUUAGACCUAUUUUAUAUAAAAAUUCGGGGUUUCUGCUCCAAAAAUGAUAAAUUUAGACGUGAAAUUUUAAAUUGAAAUAAAUUAAAACGAAAUUCAGGUCAAAAUCUACAAGUUUUCAUUGAAAAUCGGUCAUGUUCCACCAUAUCAAUUUCAUACUGAAAACAUGAAUUUUGACCCGAAAAAUAUGGAUUUGUAAAACUGGAAAACUUUCCAGUUUUACAAAUGUUUAAAAAGUUGUUCCAAAAAACAGUAUAAUUUUCUGUCUGAAUAUUUUAGAAAAUAUUCAUAAUUUUUGAGGGAUUUUUAACUGUUCCAAAAUUAGGGUAACCGUUAUUUUCGAAAAAUUCAAAUUUUCCACAAAAAAUCCCAUCAAAAUGUUUUCAAAACUUCUCACGAUCCUCUUUUCUCCAGAUGCAUAACCGUCAUGAAAUACAACGAUUCGCGCCUCCAAAUGACAAACUCAAACAUCCCAAUAAAUGGAAAUAUCCGUCUUGAAGUCGCAUUCGUUCACAUGUUGGAACAAUUCCGACGAGCUUAUAUUAUGGAUCAGAUAACAAGAGCCAGUGCGGUUUAUGAAACAUUGGCAAGCGAAUUGAAAAUUAGUGAAGAGGCUGAUAUGUUGGGAGUUAUUGUGCAGAAAAUGUGAGAAUUGUCUGAAACCUCUGAACCAAAUUUGUUGUUUUUUUUUGCAGACUAACAAAUCUGAAAUAUUGGCCAACCAACUCGGAUCUACUAGAUCUUUCCUUGUCACUUUUGAAAGAUUUAUCAUUAGGAUACACGGCUGUUCGAAAAUUAUUCCGACUUCCAGAAGUUCAGCUUUUAUUGAAUAAUCAUACGGUAAGACGACUUUCUUUUAGGUUUAAAAUUUACUGGAAAAUGUGAUAAGAAAUUGAUUUGUUUUAAUCCUGAAUUUUGAAUUUAGCCCAAUUUUUCAUUUCAGUCCGAACAUUUCGUCUUCCUCGGCCCAACUAUCGAUUAUCAAACAAUGAAACAACGAACGACUUUUUAUGAAGCGCUUACUCGAUUAUUAACCACCGAUUUUUCGGAUGAUGAAGAAAUGGUUCAACGAUUUUUGAGACCAUUGACAGGUUUGAUUUAUUUUCAAAAAAAAAAAUUAAAAAAUCACCAAUUUUUUAUCUGAAAAACAUAAAAAAAUGAUGAAUUUUGAGCUCAUAAUUGUUUUCCAGACACAGUCGAAGGAAUUUGCAAUAUAAUCUCAUCAAAUUAUCAUGGAUUCGAUGAAGAACACUUGAAAAAAGUGAUUGUUGGAUUGUGUCGAGAUUUGAGAGGUGUUGCCAUCGCUUCCACAACCAAGGCUAUUUUUCAGAUUCUUUUUGAAUGGAUGUGAGUUUUUUCUGGGAAUUUUGAGCCACAAUUUUGAUUUUUCAAUUUUUUGCAACGUGGAUUCAUCUCCGAAUUUUGAAUUCACGUGAAUUUUGAACACCAAAAAAUUUUAAAAGUUGAAAAAAAUUUGAAUAACCCCAAAUAGCACCCGAACAAAAACUACGGGAAUCUCAUCACCCAGAAAUUCGAAUAUUUUUUGCAGGUACCCAAACGUCUUCAACAUCCUCCAAUUUGCCGUCGAAAAAUGGCCAGAAUCUGCUGAUGUCACAACGCCGAUUCUUCGAUUAUUAUCUGAAUUGGUUCAAAAUCGACAGCAAAGGCUGAAAUUCGAAAUGGGCUCGUGUUCGGCGGUUUUGUUGUUCAAAGAAACGUCGAAAAUUAUCACGAUUUAUGGUGAGAGUUUUGGAGGUGGAAUUUGACCAAAAAUGAUAAUGUUUUUGACCUCAAAAUUGAUAUCCUACGAAUUUUUCCACUCAAAAAAUCCUUAAAAAUAUUCCAGGAGAUCGUCUUUUAUCGCUACCGGAAUGCUCGAAAGAUCGUGUCUACAAAGAUCGCUACAAAAAUAUUGGCAUAAUUUUCUUGGUCCUCAAAAAUGUAUUGAUUGGUGCCUAUGUUCCAUUUGGUGUGCUACGUUUAUAUGGUGACACGUGUCUUCAAGAUGCGCUAACUACAUUUGUGAAAUUGUUCAUCAGUAUACCGCAAGUUGAUUUCCAGGUAAGGAAGUUUGAAAAAAAAAGUUCGAUCUGUUUUCAUUUCUCAAAUUUUUCAGAGCUACACAAAAAUCGCGCAAAACUAUUAUAAUUUACUGGAACACGUUGUUCAAGACAACAUGGCUUUCAUCACAAAUUUAUCGAUUGAAGUACUGUGCUCAAUUUUACGAUCAAUUCAUGCUGGUUUGAAUUCUGUUGGUGAGUUUUCAGCCGGUGAAAAUUAUGAAAAUUCUAUAAUUUUAGCCAAAAAAUAUCAAAAAAAAUUUUUCUUUUUCAGAUGCCAUUGUCAUUACAUCGGCUUGCUCUUCACUGGAUACAAUUUUGAAUUAUUUGUAUAGGCGACUUACGCGAACUUCGCCGCCAACUUCAAAAGUUGGAGUCGAAGCUGAAGGCGAUAAUAUUGUUAUGACAAUCAAAGAGCAUCCGGAAAUUUUGGCGGAUGUGAGUUAAGAAAUUUUGGACUAGAAAAUGUGGAAAAGAAAAUACGCGAUGAUUUGAAUUUGAAAUUUCACAUUUUUGCGUUUUGCCACGUGGAUUUUUGGUCUUAAUUUUCAAAAAAUUCAAUUUCAAUUUCACUAAAAUUUAAUUUUUUUCAGAAAAUUGAAUUUUUUAUCAAAAACUGAAUAAAAAUGUUCUGGAAGAUUCAAAUUUAAUUUAAUUUCAGAUGCUUCAAACCGUCAUCACAUCAAUGAUGUUUGGCGAAGUAAAAUGUCAAUGGAGCCUGUCUCGACCACUUUUAGGCUUGAUUUUGAUACAAGAAGAAGUAUUCAAUUCGCUCAAAAAUGAGCUAACUCAACAACAGAGUUUUGAUCGACAGGCUGAUUUUGAUACGGUACGACGGUUUUUUGAGCAAUGUUGAGAAAAAUUAAAUAAAAACCCACUGUUCAAUUCAAUAAACUAGACUAUAUUUGCAGCUUUUCACGCAAUUAAUGACUGGCGUCGAAUGCAAUCUAACCGUCAAAAACAAGGAUGUUUUCACACAAAAUCUGACGAAAUUCCGACGUGAUAUUGCUGGUGUUUUAAAGGGACAAAGCAUUGUGCCGACCACGUCACAUUUAUCGAAUUCCAAUCAGGAUAUGCAAUAG